UAGGUUUCAACGAUCUGAGAAUCAAAGAAACAUAGAGAGAAUUAAAAAGAUGUGGAAGAGGUGAAGUUAAUGCAAAAGAGGAGGGAUGGUUGUUGGUGGAGGGAAGGUGGUGGUGUGGUGGUGGUGCCAGAUAGGAUGAGUUUACUGCCUCCUUCUCAUCAGAAGAAGAAGCAACAUCUGUGUUGGAUAUGGUGGUGGUUGAGGAAAGUAGUGGUUCGGUCAAUAGUAUUCGAGUUACUGAUGCUCCAAUACUUCUAUUGGUUUGUUUUCAUAAAGCUUUUAGGGCUGAACUUGAACAGCUUAAUAGAAUUGCGUCAUCAUUCUUGGAGAUCAUUGGGUUUCCUGGACGUGACUUGAUCAUUGACCUACUUCGCCGGUUUCGAUUUCUUAGAGUUGCUUAUAAGUAUCAUACAGCUGCUGAGGAUGAAGUAAUUUUUCAAGCUCUGGAUUUACGUGUAAAAAAUGUUACAAGUUCAUAUUCUCUUGAACAUAGAGUGAUAGAUGAUCUAUUUGAGUCAGUCUUCCAGAGUUUUUCCGCUUUGUUGGAGAAUGAUGGAAAAGUUUCACUACCACUUCAAGAUCUUAUUUCUCAUUGCUACACAAUGCAGUCCUUCAUUUGCAACCAUAUGCUCAAAGAAGAAGAGCAGGUUUUUGAAUUGCUGAUUAAAUCAUUCUCCUUGGAAGAACAGGCUUCACUUGUUUGGCAGUUCAUUUGUAGUGUACCUAUAAUGUUAUUGGAAGAUAUGUUUCCAUGGAUGACAUCCUAUCUUCCUGCAAAUGAGCAGGCCGAUGUUGCCCUUUGUAUUAAAGAGGUUGUUCCUAAAGAAAAUCUGUUGCAAGAGGUCGUGACAUCCUGGCUUGUUAAGAAAAGAAAACCAACUUCCAAAGCCUUCAACACCUGCAAAGGUGAAAACUGGUUCUUAAGUUCUAGUGAACCAUUAUACUUGAAGGAGUUGCCAAAGGCAUACUCAUUCAGCAAGAGCUUAUCUGGCAAAUUCUGCAGUCCAGAAGAGUUGGAUCUUGCCAAGGAUACUGCAAAGCAUCAUCCUAUUGAUGGUCUUCGUCUUUGGCAUGGUGCCAUCAACAAAGAUUUGAAUGAAAUUCUAGCGGAGCUUCGCGGAACAAGAAGAUCCAGGACUUAUUGCACUUUACCUUCAAUAAGUGCCCGGUUAAAAUUCUUCGCAGAUGUUCUCAUUUUCUAUAGUAAUGCCCUGGAAAAAGUCUUCUUCUCGGUUUUGAAUGAACUUGCCGACGGGUCCUUAUCUUUCACAUAUCAAAGAUUCCCAGAUGACUUUCAGAUUGAAGGUCUCUUCCGAGCUUUACAAAAUGUUAGCAGUCAAAAUAUAUCAUCAUUACCCAAUCACAUGGAGAAUCUGUGCUCGCAGUUGGUUCCUUUCUUAGAGGGACUUAGCAUGCACUUUGCUUUUCAAGAAUCCGAGGUUUUUCCUCUCAUUCGCAAGAACUGCAAUUAUGAAAUGCAACAGAGCUUGUUAUAUACGAGCUUGCAAGUGAUGCCUCUCGGAUUAUUAAAAUGUGUGACAAGUUGGUUGUCAACACAUUUAACUGAGGAGGAGUCAAAAGCCAUUCUUUUCAGCAUAAACUGGGCAGGAUCUGUAGCUGACAUGUCUUUUGCUCGGCUCUUGAACGAGUGGGUUCGCAAUGGGUAUUCAGGUAAGACCACCCUCGAGACAUUCAGAGAAGAGUUACAGGAAAUGUUCAAGAAUAGAGGUACUUGUUUACCUGACUGUAUAGAGGAUCAUGGCAAGAAAGCUCACCCUAGCCAGAUAGAAACAGAUUUUUCUGCGAAGGCCAAGAACAGCUUAUCUGAUAGUCAUCCUUACAAAGUUGAAGAGACCUACAGCACUUCGUACUCUAGCGAAAUUAAUCUGCAGCAGCUUAGAAAAUUAUCCCCCUAUCCAGAAGUUAUACAUAACAGCGACACUGGUUCUAGUCUCACACCAGAGUUCAAACCAGUUGACUUCAUAUUUCUCUUCCACAGGGCCCUGAAGAAUGAUAUGGAAUAUCUUAUUCUUAUAUCAGCAAAGAUGGAUAAAAACAUUGGGUUCCUCAAGGAAUUCCUUCAGAGAUUUCAUCUUGUCCGGUUUCUCUACCAAAUUCAUAGUGACAGCGAAGAUGAAAUAGCGUUUCCAGCUCUGGAGGCUGUGGCGAAAUUCCAAAACAUUAGCUCUUCAUAUUCCAUUGACCACAAAUUGGAAAAGGAGCUCUUCAGCAAUGUCUCCGCCAUUCUAUAUGAAAUUUCUGAGUUACACACUUCUCUUCCUGCUGAAGCAUCAAGUGUUCUGGAAGGGAGACUUGAUCAGAGAAUUCUUAAAUACCGUCAGAUGUGUGUGAAGCUUCAUCGUAUGUGUAAAACAAUGCGUAUCGAACUAGAUAAGCAUGUGUAUCACGAAGAGAUUGAACUUUGGCCCUUAUUUUCGCAGUUCUUUUCGUACGAGGAACAAGAAAAAAUCAUAGGGUGCAUGCUUGGAAGGACAAGAGCUGAAGUUCUGCAAGUUAUGUUGCCCUGGCUUAUGGCGUCAUUAUCACCUGCAGAGCAACAUGGAAUAUUAUCAAUAUGGCGUAGGUCUACAAAAAAUACAAUGUUUAAUGAAUGGUUGGCCGAAUGGUGGGAAAAUUUGGACAAGAACGGUUUAACUGUCACAAAGGUGGAGCUCAAUGACACACCUUUAACAACAGAAGAUCCACUAGAAAUUGUUGCUACAUAUUUGUCAAGAGGAAGCCACAAUGAACUUGAAGGGAUGAACCUUAACUGUAGAGCAUUCCUGUUUCCGAAGAAAAGUUAUGUGGGUGCUAGUGCUGAACUAUUUAGAAAGGGCAAAGGAGAUGAUAGAACGAAAGUAAUUAACGAGAUUAAGAAUUUUCAAGAUCCCGAGUUGAAGAAAUAUGAAGGUGAAAAGAAGACUUAUCAGAGAGGGACAGGGGUCAAUGAGAUUGAGAAUCCCAGUGAAGUUCCGGUUGAUGAUCAGACACUUGGGCAUUGUGAGAAGCAACUUUUGAUCAUGAGCGAUGCAGAAAUGGAGGCGGAAAUUAGAAAAAUAUCACGUGACACUACUUUAGAUUCUCGGCAAAUGGCUCGUGAAAUUCAAAACCUGCUUACAAGCCACUGGGAUGUUUCCCAGCUAAAACAUCAUCAAGAAGUUGCUUUCAUAAGUGAUGUUGGAGAGUUUCCUGGUCAGUGUCCUGCUUAUCGCGACAAAGAAAAACAAAUAUUUGGCUGCAAACACUACAAGAGGAACUGUAAGAUUUUUGCUGCUUGCUGUAAGCAGUUAUUUACAUGUAAAUAUUGCCAUGAUGAGGCUGAGCUUGACCACAAAAUAGACAGGAAGACUACCACCGAGAUGAUGUGCAUGAAAUGCUUGAAAAUUCAACCUAUAGGCCCCACAUGUUCGAACAUAUCAUGCAACAAUUUAUCCAUGGCAAAGUACUACUGCAAAAUCUGCAAACUAUAUGAUGAUGACAGGGAAAUCUACCACUGUCCCUUUUGCAACAUAUGUCGAAUUGGAAAGGGCUUGGGGAUUGAUUUCUUUCAUUGUAUGAAUUGCAAUGCAUGUCUAUCAAAAUCUCUCACGGUGCAUAUAUGCAGAGAAAAGUGUUUUGAGUCUAAUUGUCCGAUUUGCCACGAGGAUAUCUUCACAUCAACAUCUCCAGUUAAGGCCCUUGAAUGUGGGCAUUUGAUGCACUCAACAUGUUUUAAGGACUACACUUGCACUCACUAUACAUGCCCAAUUUGCAGCAAGUCACUCGGGGAUAUGCAGGUAUACUUUGCGUUGCUUGACUCUUUGUUGGCCGAAGAAGGAGUUCCAGAGGAAUAUUCUGGACAGACUCAGGGAAUAUUGUGCCAUGACUGUGAGAGGCGAGGGGUUGCUCCCUACCAUUGGCGUCACCACAAGUGUCCAUAUUGUGGUUCUUACAGUACCCGGCUUCUUUGAGUGGAUCAUAGUGGUACAAGUUGUACAACCACAUAGGGACCAGCAGGGGCUAGUCGCUUCAGCUUUUACAUCUCUUCUCCGUGAGCUAAUGCAGCAUUUACUUUUCUGGGUUGAAGUUUUAAAAUAAGUGUGUUCUCCGUUGUGAGAUCAUCCCAAGAAAUCAACUGCAAUCUACCUCAAUGCGAGUGCCACAAGUGAGACAUAAUAAGGUGUACAAAAUAAGUAGUGUACCAAUGUAGGCGCAGAUUAUAACUAACAUUUUCUUAACAUUGUAACAUCUUGAGUUGAGCUGACAUUUUUUCUUCGGCA